AUGACCCUGCGGCGGCGGCGGCGGCUCCGGCCGAAGGAGGAUGCGGUGGUGGCGGCGGCGGCCCCGGAGCGCCCCGGCCCCGCCGACGUUUACCGAGCGCUGGCGGCCGCCGGGGGCACCCUGCCCCGGGUGCGCAAGGGUGCGGGGUUCAAGUGGGGGUCCCCGAGCCAGUCUCCAGAGGAGCACAGGAGGGUGGUGAUGCUGGAGAAGAAGGCAGAGGAGACCUUCGGCUUCGAGAUCCAGACCUAUGGGCUGCACCACCAGGACAGGAACAGUGUGGAGAUGUUCACCUUCGUGUGCCGGGUGCACGGCGGGAGCCCGGCCGAGGCUGCAGGGCUCAAGGCUGGGGACACAAUCACGGGGGUGAACGGGCUCAACGUGGAGGGCGUCCGGCACCGGGACAUCGUGGAGAUCAUCAAGAGCUCAGGCAAUGUGCUCCGGCUCGACACGCUCUAUGGGACGUCCGUCCGGAGGGCUGAGCUGGAGGCCCGGCUGCAGUACCUGAAGCAAACGCUCUAUGAGAAGUGGGGCGAGUACCGCUCGCUGAUGGUGCAGGAGCAGCGGCUGGUGCGGGGCGUGGUGGCCAAGGACCCCAGCAUCUACGACACGCUGGAGUCGAUCCGCUGGUGCCUGCAGGGCGAGGGGGGGCUCCCCGGCGGCUCCCCCCGCGCCAGCGGCAGCGAUGACUCCUUGUACCAGACCUGCCUCUUCGCCUCCGCCGAUUCCUUGGACCGGGACAAGGACGGGGACAAGGACAGGGGCACCUCGGGGCCUGCGCCCCCCCCACCGCGGCCGCGGCCAGCCCUGGCCCGCAGCACCAGCCUCAAGUGUGGGGCGGGCCCCGGGGCGCGGUUGUGGGGCAGGGCCGGGGACCCCGGGGAGGGGGCGGCCGCUGCCCCCCGCAAGGGCAGGCACAGCAGCUUCCGCCGGCGGCUGCUCAAGUUCAUCCCGGGGCUGAACCGGGCGCUGGAGGAGGAGGAAAGUCACCUCUAACGGGGGUACCGGGAGGAGCAUCACCUCUAACGGGGGUACCGGGAGGAGCAUCACCUCUAAUGGGGGUUAACGAAAGGAGCAUCACCUCUAACGGGGGUUAACGAAAGGAGCAUCACCUCUAAAGGGGGUUAACGAAAGGAGCAUCACCUCUAAAGGGGUACCAGGAGGAGUCACCUGUAACGGGGGUACCGAGCCCCCCCCAGGCUUAUUUAUUUAUUUAUUGCAAGGGACUACGAGCCCCCCCCGGGGGCCACUGGAGGAGCUUGGGGUCAGCCCCAGGGGUCCUGGCUUGGCUCACUCAAUCCAUAGGGGCCCUCAGCAGCAUGGGACAGACACGGACCCCGGCCCGGCGCACGAAGCCACCGCUCAUCUCAGGAACCGGUGCCAUCCUCACUGGGGGACAUGGGGGGACUCUGCGUGUGCCCCCCCACCCCAGCUCGGGGCUCACGGGGGUCCCACCCCAGCAGCUUUUGUACCAAUACAGAGACGUUUUGCA